GAGGAAUCAACGAGAUUGCAUCAAACUUCCUAUUGCGAUUUAGAGAUAUUUAGUACGUAGAAUAAUCAUAAAUAACUCCGACUGUACGGCCGAAGGGAUAGAAGUAGAAACGAUUAAAAAGCAGCGAAGAAUUUGGUUGAAAUGAUGAAAACUGGAAAGAUCGGUUUUUUCGAAAUUUCCGGGAAAAUCUUGCGAGGAAGAGGUUAAUAGAGUCUUGAAUAGAAGUUCAUCUCAAUGAGAAAUGAAUUUGAAGGAAACAAUGGAGCAAGCUGCAAAAGGUGAAACAUGGCGAAAAAUUGGAGACGAUAAAACAGAAAGGAUUUCAAGAAGGUUCGGAGGAGUAACAGCGAGGCAGAAACGCAAUUAAACUGGUAAAAAGUGUAGGAUUCGGGAUGAAGGUGAUGCAGGGAGUCCCCUGAGAAAAGUGGGACUCAAAAAUAUAAUUGAAAAAUUCAUGGAUAAAAACAACGUGCAGAAAUGCAGGGAGGAACGAAAUACGUAGGAUAGAAAAAAAACGAUGUGGGAUGUGCGGAAUAGAAAAAUAAAACUUCAAGCACAUGACGAAGCGUAGCGAAAUGGAAAGAACAUUGUGAAUGGGUUGCGUCGCUGCUCUUGAAAUGUGACUCGAGCGGAAUGAACGUGCACAGCGCUCGAAGCUACAAUCGAUAGCAUGCUGCAAAGGGAAUUAGUAGCGGAUUUGUGUUGACAUCCAAUUCGCAAAAUGCAAGCGAAGCAUUUGUUUUAAAAAAUUUUAUUCAAUUUAACUUCUAAUGAAAAUACAACGAACAUGGUUUUUUAUACUAUUCGAAAAACGAGCUGUUUUUCAUCAAAGUUCUUUUUUACUAAUCCACAUGAAGUUCUAAUCAUUUUUAUAGUAUUUUUUCAUGUUGAUUGUUAAAAGUUUUCCAAACAUGCUCCUGAGUUUUGGUAAUUGCAUUCCUAACUAUUUCCUCCGUUCAUUGGUUGACGGACACCAUUUAAAAUGGUUUUUAGUCUCUAUAUUCAUCAGCAUAAGACGACACGAUUUCCUAAUUCUAUUAGAAUUUAUUUGAGUAAAUGGAAUUUUAUCAAUGGAAUGCUAGUUGAGGAUGAAUCAAAGUUAUUAAGCCGUGAAUUUCACUUGGGGAAAGGUGACUCGAUAAAUGUAUUUAUAAUUGCUUCACCGUUCUUCUUUAAAGGUCUCGUUAUUUUAAGAACUUUUAUCGUUAACUUUGAUGAUCAAGAUAAAACCGUAUCGUCGUUCACAUGGAAGUAAUGGAUUUUCAUUCGUACGUGAAUUACAUUUAAAAAAGCAAAUAUUUUGCAAACAUUUAAAAAAAAUCAUAUUUUUUGAAUAUUCGAUGAUUAUGUACACCGUAAAGUAACUUUGAGCGUCAAGUGAGAAAGUUUUCAGCACUUAUUCCGUCGCAAUUAAUGAUCAACAGUUAUCGUAAGCUAACAGUUUCGAGGUUAAAAUUAUUUGGAACUUCACACUGAGUUUCACGUGGAUUCAGAUGAAAUAACUUACGACAGCCCGGAGUCGAAAUUUUUUAUAUCCAAAAAAUCAAUAUUCAAUUUAUUGUUAGUCGGCAUCAGUGAACGCUGAGUUCCUCACUCAGAAUAGGUCUAAUUACGACUAUUUUGAAUUGUAAAAGCGUGGUGUAAGAAUGUUGCAAAAAAGCUCCAAAUUUUGAGACGGGCUUUGCAGCAUAUAAUUCCAGAAAAUGUAAAAACAUAUUCUAUCACAUUGUUGCAGGAUUUGAAAUUUCAUGGGUCCGGUAUGACGCUAAAAAGUGAUAUGGGAAAUGGUAUUGGUGUGAGUGCUCUAAAGAAAUACUUCAUUUUUUUCGCACUCUCGUGCACAAUGGUAAUGGGUGGUCCUCCCUCGAAUGGGAUCCGACCUUCGAACCUGUUAGGAGGUUCUGAUCAACACGCUUCAUUCAGUUUCGUACGGCCAGGACUCACACAAACAUCGUUUUCCUUCAACGGUCCAAGCUCUCAUCAAUCAUUCACUUCGAGCAUCGGUAAUCCACAUCUAGCUCAGAAAGUGUUACCGAAUGUUGCGAACGCCCUUGCUUAUAGGAAUCCAGGACUCGGCUACUUCUCAACAGCACCAGUUUCGAAUGGGUAUGCAAAUAUUCCGAAUUCGUAUGCUUCGAAUGUGCCACUGAAUCCGGGAGCUGCAGCAGCUUAUUCGUAUCAGCAACAAGGGCCAAUUGAUCAAGCGACUGCGCAAGCAUAUUUGAACCAAUAUCAACACUAUCAGCAGCAAGCCCAAACUCAAGCAUAUUUGCAGCAACAACAGAAUCAGCAGUAUCCCGAUGUUUCUUCUUACCAAUUACAAUUGGGUCAACUUCUGGCCUUGAGACAGCAACAAGCUCAGUUGCAAUUACAGGCCAACGCCCAGAACCAAAAUCAAGGUCAUACAUCGCAUCACGUACCGGUUCACGAAACUUCGCAGCAGAUACCGGAGCAAGUGCAGUUGCAGCAGCAGGUGCAACAAGAGCAUCAACCUAGUCAGAGCUUGUUGGGGGUUGCAUUCUCGUCCGCGCCGUCCGUCGCUCACGUCAAAGUAUCAGGAAACGGUUACAAAUUUGAUUUCUAAGCUACGCUGAAUAAAGUUAUUCAUUUUACCGAUGUAACAUUUUUAAACCCAAAAUUGUAAAUAAAUCAUGUAAAAAUGAGGCUUUUCGGGGCCACUCUACAUC